GAAAGGGCGCCGUGUUGUUCGAUCCAUUCCCGCGUCGAACGGCUUCGGUGGACCACGGCGGCCACUCACUUCCAAGACUUAGCCAAGCAAGGACAGGAUGGCAUCGCAUGCACUUCUUGGCGGGGUGCAGCCCCCUCCACCCAACGUACGCGACGAAACGAUCCAUUUGAUCUCGCUGGCGGCGCCCAUGAUGUUGAAUUUCAUGAUGGAAUCGAUGUAUGCCCCGAUCAGCGUCGGUCUUGUUGGCCAUCUUGGCAAACCAGACACGAAGCCAUUCGUCGAUGGCGUCACGAUGGGAUGCAUUUACAUGAUGGUGACAACGCAUGCGGUCGGACUUGGCUUGGGAAGUGCAUUAGACACGCUUGCUACUCAAGCGCACGGCGCAGGCAACUACAAGAAGAUGGGGGUGUACUUGGAGAGCGCCAUGCUUGGCACUGCCCUGGCGUACAUCCCGACCGCGGCCGCCAACUGGUACUGUCAAGACAUUUUAACGAUGUGCGGGAUCAACACAGUCGUGGCAAAUUUGGCGGGGCAGUUCGUUCGCUACUCGACGUUUGCGAUGCCGUUUUACUUUCUCUACGACCUCAUUCGUAAGAUGCUCCAGGCGCACGACAUCGUGGCCCCCAUGCUGCCCAUGGCUAUCGUGAGCAACGGCUUACACGUUGGGCUCGGGCUUUACUUGACUCAAGUGCAAAAGCUCGGCUACCACGGCGUUUUAAUCUCGGGGGGACUCAGCCACGUCGCGUACCCCCUGAUGCAGCUUGCCUACUUGACGUGCAUCAACCCCGUGCACCACACGUGGAAACUCCAGUGGAAUCUUCGGUCCGCGAUCGCGCACCUGCCGGAGUUUUUCGAGUUUGGCCUUCCUGGCAUGGCUACCAUGUUGAUUGAAAACGGCGCGUUUGGAAUCCUCGGGUUCAUGGCAGGGGAGCUGCCGCACAGUUUGCUACUCAUCGCCGUCAACUCGGUCCUGCUCCAAACCAUCACCACGGCCUUCAUCAUGUACAUUGGAUUCUCCGUGGCGACAACUGUCCGCAUGGGGAACGCGAUCGGAGCCAACCAACUCGAUCACGCGCGAUGCAUUAUGCGGGUAUCCCUCGUCGUCACGACGCUCUGCCUUGCUCUGACCACGGGGGGGCUCUUCCUGUGGAGGCAUGACGUUCCGUCGUUGUAUGUCAACGACGCCCAAGUGUGCGACCGCGCAGCAACCGCGUUGGUGUUUGUGCUGCCAUUGCACGCAUCCGAUUCGUUCAAUGCGGUGUGGCAAGCCAUGCUACAAGCUGUCGGCAAACCGUCCCAUGCUGCCUACGUGAAUGCUGUAGCGUACUACAUCAUUGGGUUGCCCCUGGCGGGUUUUCUUGCCUUUAGUUUGCACUGGUCACUCGAGGGCCUCUGGGCUGGGCUUACAAUCGGGUCCUUUUGUGCAUGUGGAGCGUACACUGUCAUCAUGGCUCGGUUAUCGUGGAGGGAAGUCCUCGAAGAAGCGAAUGCCCGAACUGCCGACGAUGGCGACACCAAGAUGACCACGUCAUGGACCGCUCCUCCUCUCGCGACGGACGGAUGCGAGACGCCCAUUGUGCUGUACACGUAACUACCACAGCAGCACCAUCUCGCUGGCACGUGUAGCGUUUGCUUAAUGCACAUUUAUGGUGUCGUCCGAUGUGAAUGGGACGACUUUCAAAGGAC